AUGAAGGAAACUACUCACAAGGUUGCUGAAAACUCUUGGACAGCCCACGACCGGUUUCGUCCUUCUUGGAACUCAUCAGGUAGGCGCGAUCUGUCGGCUAUCUGCCAACCUUGUGUUCUACUUGAACCCAAAGUGGACAGGUUUGGACAAAUACUCGCAUUCAUAUAUGAGCUCGCUGAAUGUGCUGCACCAGGCUACCUCAUGUUUCAGUCGCUACGAUAUUCGAGAUAUCGCGACACAUAUAUUUGUACCACACUACUCAUAAGGUUGUUGAGGAGGCUGUCGAGGAGUUUUCAGCAACCUUAUGAGUAUGAAUCUCUCGUUUAUAAUGUUAAUCAACUGAAUAUGCUACGCGCAGGUAGGCUCAUGUUUUAG